AUUUACGACAACCAGAAAAUAGUCGAUGUCAACAAUAUCGUGGCAUUUCAUGAUUUGUUCCUGAAUUUAGCAGUAUUAAGAUUGAAAGUUACAGUUUAGUCCAAACUUAUUUGUUACCGACGACUUUGUUGAUUAUGGAAGACUAACAAAAUUGGAAAACCGAGGAUAUUAUCCGGUCAAUUUCAAUAAGACGGAGGGAAAUUUGAACAGCGCAACACAUCGGCGAUACCAGACUCGAAGACAAAUGAAUGGAUUGGUAAUAAAGCACAAUGCCUAUAGACCGAAUAGCAGGUUUACAGCUGGGACUACUGUUGAUGGCAGUUCCAUUGCAGUACAUAGUCUCUAGAUAUAUGUCUACUAAUGAAUCUCAACGCAGCUAUGCAAUCAGAAAUUUAUUCAACAAUGCUGCUGGUUUUAAAGAGAGAUAUUUAUCCUGGAAGUCCUGGCAGCAGUGGUGUAUGAGUUUCAUAUUCAGUGAAGAACGGGGGAGCUACGCUGGACAAGAUGAUCUCAAUGGGGAAUCCCCUGCCAUAGAAGUUCUGAGAUAUAAAGACCCGGAGGGAUACUUUGGAGCUUCAACAGAUCCCCGAAGUCCAAGGCCACCUGAGGUCAAGUAUAGAGUGGGUCAAGUGAUACGACACAAAAUCUGGGGUUACCGAGGGGUAAUCGUGGCGUGGGACCCACAGGCCAGGGCCCCUGAGAGCUGGAUAGAACAGAACCACAGACAAGACAGACCAAACUGGAGGACUCAGCCGAAUUAUGCCAUCCUAGUGGACACCAGGGACAGAAUGACACCUCAACUGACCUAUGUUCCACAGGAAAACAUUGAUAUCAUAUCCAAUGUCAAGAUAAUGCAUCCGGGGAUAGAGAACUACUUUGAAGGGUUCGAUGGUGCUCAGUAUAUACCUCGACCAUGGUUGAAGACCGUGUUUCCGCAUGACUGAUCUUGUCAUUUCGUAAAGCGUCCUGAGAUUGCGUGAUAUUUUUGAUGGAGAACAUGUGUACAUAAGAGGGGGGCGUGGGGAUGAUUUUAGAUGUACAUAUAAUGACGUUUGGUUUAUUGUUGAUUUUUUUUUUUUUGUUGAACAGAGAUAUGCUUAUUUUUAUAGACGAUAUUGUCAUUCAAUUGGUUUUUUAAAACAUUCUCUGGACUUGGAGUAUUUUAUUAGUUAAUCAUUUCCUGCAUUUUACCAGGUGAUUCUCAGUUCUAUACUACAGAUGCAAGUGUUUUAGUGUGAAUGUAGUUUCGAUUUUAUGAAAUUCUUUUGUGUCAGGGUUCGAAGCUAUUAUUCGUAGCAAUUUUGCAGAAAUGGGACUGAGUGAUUUGUAGUCGUUCGUGUUUUUCCUAAGGCCAGAAACAAUUAAUGUUUAGUUUCUCAUGCACAGCUGCAUUGCACUAAAAACUAUAACAUUGAUAAAUUUUAUCAACAUUUUAAAAAACAGUAAGUUUCUUUUCUUUUUUUAACCAUUUUUAAAUGCAGAAAUGUUUUAUGAAAUCAAAAGUCCAUUUGUGCUAAAAUAAUUGUUUUAUGUAUAAUCUUAUCUUUUCUAAAGUACAAGUGUUUGAAAAUAUUGUUUUUUAUAGUGAGUGAUUUAAAAUAAGUGUACCAAACAAUGGUAUCGAUAAAAUGAAAAGAAACCUCUUUGCCUCAUUAAUCAUUGGAAUUUUUGGCUGAGAAACUAAUGAUUAAUUUUUUUUGCCUAUGUGCCAAUCUGAGUUCUACUUUAGUCAGAGUGCCUAUGCACUUGAUUGUUAUCUCUAUAUACAGAAAUGUUAAUGAUUACAAGUUUGAAAUGAACAAGAUUACCAUACUGUUGUGGUAGAAAAUUGAAUGAUUGAUUACUAAUUAAGUAAUUGAUUACUAAUUAAUGGUGUAUGUGCAAUGUCAUCCAUGCCUGUUGUCUUUCAAAUUAAUUUAUAUAUAUGUAAAUCUCAGACAUGGCUGCUCAAUAGUUGAUUUACAUGAUAAUUUUACGAAAGUUGUUUCCCUUUAUAGGGUCAAGCUCAGGUUGAUCAGCGAAAUUCACUGUUUUCUGAAUAUAACCCUACCUACUUCUCAGGAUAGUAAGUGAAAGGCAUAUUUUCAUCCUGUAUUAUAUAGAGUUUACUCCAGAUAUAUUGAAAUUCAGGGGACCAACCUAAAUCCUUUAUUAUAUCUGAAGAUCAAUACAAUGUUGAGCUUUAUAAUUACUGUCAAAAUAACAGAUAGUUCAAUGUAAGCGACUUCAAUAUAACAGAUAGUUCAAUAUAAGCGACUUCAAUGUAACAGAUAGUUCAAUGUAAGCGACUUCAAUAUAACAGAUAGUUCAAUAUAGGCGACUUCAAUGUAACAGAUAGUUCAAUGUAAGCGACUUCAAUAUAACAGACAGUUUAAUGUAAGCAACUUCAAUAUAACAGAUACAUGUAGUUCAGUGUAAGCGACCUCAAUAUAACAGAUAGUUCAAUAUAAGCGACUUCAAUAUAAUAGGUAGUUCAAUAUAAACGACUUCAGUAUAAGUGGAGUAGACUGUAUAUUGCCUGACACACUGACUAUAUUGAUACAGUACAAGACUUUCGAAAAAUCUUUGUUGUAAUGUAUUUACAGGUAAGAUAGAAAAGACCAUUUGGGAAAACAGAGAAUUUACGCUGAAACAGUGAGAUUUACUUCUGAGCGAGUUGUCUAUUUUGACCUUUUGAUGCAAGUUCAAAAACUAAAAGAUUGUAGUCCUAUCAUUUGUAAAUCCUAUUGUUUGUUGAUGAUCUGCGUCUCCUAAGUCCCAACAAACGCAGAUGAGUAAACAAGCUAUGAUAUUUAUCUAGAUGUAAAUUCUUUGCAUUAUGGAUCACAUUGAUGAAGAUUGUUCUCUGACGGUCAUUUGUAUACUUCCAUCAGGGAACAUGGCUGACAGAUGUAUCUCUGCAUUACUGUAUAUCCUUGUCAUUUAACUUGUUAAACAUGACAAUAAAUAAGUAAACACA